CUGGGCGCCGCCCAGCUGAGCACUUGGAGUGCGCGGACUUCGCGGGGCGGCAUGGAUGAGGCUGAGCCCCCGCCGCUGGCCAUGUUCUCGGAAGGCGAGCUCCUGUCGGUGGGCAUGGACACCUUCAUCCACCGCAUCGACUCCACCGAGGUCAUCUACCAGCCGCGCCGCAAGCGCGCCAAGCUCAUCGGCAAGUACCUGAUGGGCGACCUGCUGGGCGAGGGCUCCUACGGCAAGGUGAAGGAGGUGCUGGACUCGGAGACGCUGUGCCGCCGCGCCGUCAAGAUCCUCAAGAAGAAGAAGCUGCGCCGCAUCCCCAACGGGGAGGCCAACGUCAAGAAGGAGAUCCAGCUCCUGCGACGGCUGCAGCACCGCAAUGUUAUCCAGCUUGUGGACGUGCUGUGCAACGAGGAGAAGCAGAAGAUGUAUAUGGUGAUGGAGUAUUGCGUGUGCGGCAUGCAGGAGAUGCUGGACAGCGUGCCUGAGAAGAGGUUCCCUGUGUGCCAGGCCCAUGGGUACUUCUGCCAGCUCAUAGACGGGCUCGAGUACCUGCACAGCCAGGGCAUCGUGCACAAGGACAUCAAACCCGGCAACCUGCUGCUCACCACCGCUGGCACCCUCAAGAUCUCCGACCUGGGCGUGGCCGAGGCCCUGCACCCAUUUGCUGAGGACGACACGUGCAGGACCAGCCAGGGCUCCCCAGCCUUCCAGCCACCUGAGAUCGCCAACGGUCUGGACACCUUCUCUGGUUUCAAGGUGGACAUUUGGUCAGCGGGGGUCACUCUCUACAACAUCACGACGGGCCUCUACCCUUUUGAAGGCGACAACAUCUACAAGCUGUUUGAGAACAUUGGGAAGGGGGACUACACCAUCCCCAGUGACUGUGGCCCGCCCUUGUCCGACCUACUGAGAGGAAUGCUUGAGUAUGAGCCGGCCCGCAGGCUCUCCAUCCAGCAGAUUCGGCGCCACAGCUGGUUCCGUAAGAAGCACCCAGCGGCCGAGGCUCCGGUGCCUAUCCCUCCCAGCCCAGACGCUAAGGACCGGUGGCGCAGCAUGACGGUGGUGCCCUACCUCGAAGACCUGCACAGCUGCGCCGGCGACAUGGACGAGGACGGUGACGGCCUGCUGGACAUGGAGGACGACAUCAUCUACACUCAGGACUUCACUGUGCCUGGUGACGAGGCCGAGGCUGAGGCAGGGCUUAGAGAGGAGAUGGGCUCGCUGUGCAGCGCGGGCUCCGGCCUUUCUGGAGAGGACCCUCGGGCUGUCUUAGUGUAGCCGCUUCUCUCGCGGCCUGCCUGCCUGGCCAGCAGGCCGGAAGUACCCUUCUGGGGCGGGACCAGGCUUGGCCCCCUUGGGGGUGGGGGCUACUUGUCAGGUGUACUGUCAUAAAAGAUUUGCUCGCUGCUACGGCCGCUGUGUGUCUGAGGGGAUGCUUUUGCCCAUUCUGCCCCCUCUUUCCAGCUCAGUCCAUUAGGGAGCUCGGCCUCUGGGAAAGUGCGGGGCCUGGAAGCUCCCACUGCAGAGGCAGGGCAGAACCCAAGACACCUGGCUCCCUCCACUCAUUUUGCAAGCUGGGUGCUGGCCCAGAGCCUGAGGGCUGACUGAUCUCCACUCCCCGGUGGUGGUGGUGUAGGUGCUCACAGGCCUAACCUUAUACCGCCCUGCGUCUCCUCCCCCACUCCCGCCGGUGUUGGCACACUGCUGCAGGGCAGCCAGAGCUCAGCAGCCACUGGAGAAAUAUGGGUGUCCUUGUGUUGUGGUGGGCCUCUACACCACCAGACCCUGCUGGCUGGGGCACUGUGUCCAGACACACCCAGUCCCGGCUGAGCCUGAAACCCAGUGUCCAUGUGGGAAGAAACGCUCCACUGGACAGGCCUGGGUGGGCUGUCACCAGGGAUUUGAUAUGAACAGGUAGCUCAGUAGCCUCCACACUGGCCUGAGGCACCCCUUGUCCUUGCAAUGCUGAGCGAGGGGGUCAUGAGCUGCCCCGGGGGAGACUCUGCCCCUGCUGCCCUGCAGCCUUUCGCCAUCAUUAGAGCAGACCUCGAGUUGGACUGGACUAGGGAGAGGCCUUUGACUGCACCCCCUGUG